AUGGGAAGAAAAACCGAUCGACCACGGGGAAGGAAGGACAAGAAGGAGGCUCGAGUUUCUUGCCUCUUGCUCGAUCCGGUAGCGAGGUUUCAACGAGUUCUUUGUACGCGGCCGGUGCUGAAUAGCCUCUUCCCAAAGCCGAAAGAAAGUAUUUACAAGCAUCGGCGAGCAAGCCGAGCGAAAAGCCCCUGUUCCCCAUGGAAAGGUUCGAUAGCCAUUUCAAAGAUAGAUAGCUCGCUUCAAGAAGUAAGAUCAUAUCAUAAGGGGUAUGUUACGAGCAGAAGUUCUCUUGCUAGUGGAAGUAAGAGUAGCAAGUCGGGGUAUGCGGUAGCCGAAGAAGUUCAAGAUGCGGACCGGCCUCAAUCAUCUCAUUUGGGUAGUCGGGAUAGUGGGCUUUGGAAGCGAGGACGCCCUCCUCUUGAUGUUUGCUUUGUGAUCAUGAGGAAGAAUCGGUGGAACCCCUUCUAUUCCUUUUACCAUAUUUCCGAGCCAUAUGGCGCGUCGGUGGUUUCGGUUAUGUGCCAAAUGCGGUCCAUUUCCCAUGCUUUCUUGAAUGGCGGUCCUCGUGUGCGGCAACAAAUCCCGGAUUUUGCGGCUUCCAUGCGCACGAAGUCUUCCUCGGGAAUGGCUUACCUUAGAAUUAAAAAUGGAGUCCCGCGCGCUCGCUUAAAUGGGGGCUCUUGCCAGGGUCCUUUCGGUGCGAAAGAUCAAACCCUACGCCCAGCUGCCCUUGUUCCGAGAUCUCACUUCAUUCACGUAUCCGCCUCCUUUGUUUCGGAGCUAGCGAAGGAGGUGACUCGACCUGUAGACGACAAGGACACUUAUCGAAUGCGAAAAGGUAAGUCGAAGGGUAUUCCACAAGGGUAUUCUCUGGACAAGAGGAACCGGAUAAAGAGUAAGAGGCUGUUGCCCCAUGACCAACUCGAAGGGGCUGAAGUUCGAGGCAGAGCUUUUUGGUUGUUAAGUUAUAGCAGCACUGAGCAACAUCCAACAACUCCAGUCCUUCUGGUCAUCAAAGAGAGUCCAGUUGCCUCCGAGAAGUGCCUAGGAGAAGGUCUCGGACUCUCCAAGAUAGGAACCUUGAAGCCCCUUCAUGGGCGAUAUGCUAAUACUGGGGUGGAAGAUCUCGACGGAACUCAAUCCAACCACAAAAAAGAGUAUCCGAUUUUGAUUCAAAUCCUGAGUCGAUGGAUGGGAAGCAUGGGCCAAGACAAGGAGAAGCUCCGUACCCACCAAAGCAAACGAAAACGCUUGCUUGAGACCUUUUAUGCCUUGGGGUGGUGCCCAUUCUCUCUCUUAAGUGAUUCCACGUCAGAGCUUGAUCCGCUACCGAUCAGGAAGUGCGUUCGGCACUCUAAUGCAUUUGUGCCUGACCCUUGCAAUUCACUUUCAAAGGACAGAACAACAAGUGCGGAAUCCCAUCCUGCUGCAGGGAUUGGAAAUUGCGGAAUAUCAGGAUUUAGGCUCUUGCAAAGAAGGCAAUUCAUUCGUAGUAGGAUAUUGAAACCUCAAACCCUCUCUGUCAACAACAUCGAAAAGAUUAGGACGAAGGAGCUCGAGCUCUCUUCCAUAUUCAAUUCUCGGAAGAAGAUUCUCAGAAGCUGA